UGCACGAAUUCUUGUAAACAGAAAGAAUGGCGGCAACGAAGGGGAAGCUAAUUUACAAAGUAUACAGAGCACUAAGCUACGGCCUCUCGCCAUUGCUCUACCUUCACCUCCGAUGGCGUGUGCUUCGUGGUCUCGAGCACCCUUCCCGAUGGCCGGAGCGUCUUGGUCGACCUUCUCAUGCUCGUCCUCCCGGUCCACUCCUCUGGUUCCAUGCCGUCUCUUUAGGAGAAGGUUUGGCUACUAUUCCUGUAAUUAAGCAAUGUAUUCAGAGGAGGCCUGAUUUGAUCGUUUUGAUGACAACAACCACUUAUUCUGCCUUUCAGGUAGUGAAGAAUUGUCUUCCUACCGGCGUCAUAUAUCAGUUUGCUCCACUUGAUACAGCUGCUUCCAUAGACACUUUCAUUGAAUAUUGGAAGCCUAAAGUUAUUAUUUUAAUGGAGAGUGAACUUUGGCCUAAUCUUAUCUUGGGUGCUUCACAGCGUGGUAUUGAUAUGGCAUUGUUAAAUGCUCGGAUGUCAGCUACGUCCUUUAAGCAUUGGUCAAUUCCAGUGUUUCUUCCGCUGAUUUCCUUUAUGCUGUCAAAGUUUUCAUUGAUUCUCCCGUUGAGCAAUCUACAGGCCAUACGGUUCCAGCUACUGCAGGCUUCACCACUGGUCAUCAGUUUUGCUGGUGAUCUGAAAUUUGCCGUUGAAAAUGUUGGUAUGUCAGAAAAAGAGAUCAAAAAGGUUGAAGAUCUAAGAGCACAGUUGGCCUAUAGACAAGCUUGGAUGGCUUCAUCCAUACAUAAAGGAGAAGAAGAAGUUAUACUUCAAGUUCACAGAAUGCUCUUAGAAGCACACCCAAAUCUAGUAACUGUUAUUGUACCUCGACAUCCACAGCAUGGAAAAGAGAUCGCUUUAGAAAUGCAGAAAGAAGGGCAGAACGUAGCUUUGAGGUCUCGAGGUGAAAACAUUACAUCGGGAACGAACAUAUACAUUGUAGACACAUUAGGUGAAUUAAGGUAUUUGUAUGGAAUAACCUCCAUUGCUGUGGUUGGAGGAUCCUUCUUGCCUGGUCUUGCUGGUCACAACGUAUCAGAAGCUGCCGCAGCUGGUUGUGCUGUAUUGACCGGUCCAUAUGUUGGCCAUUUCUCGAGCAUGGUGGCUAAAAUGCAGCAGUUUAAUCCAAUGUCGGUUUUGCAGGUUCAUGGAAAAGUGGACCUUGGAGGAGCUAUAAAAAAUCUGCUUAAAGACGACAAAGUUUUGGAAGCGCACCGAAUGGCCGCUAAACAGGCGCAGCAAGCUCUGGCGAGUGGCAUUAUUGUUGGUACUUGGAACUCACUAAAUUCCAAAGUUCUGAGAAGUGCUUUUGGGUAGGUGAUGACAUAUACAAUCCUGGAUAAAAUUCUUUGGAACGUUAGUGGAUUUAAAUGUUUUAAAUAUACAUGGUAUAUUUGUAGGAAUUACUCGAUUGGAUUGUUUCGUUUUUAAGGUGGGAGAAUGGUUGCAUGUGCAAAUAGUUUCAAAUAUUUUCAUAAUGAGAAUUUCCCUUCCUUUAUCAA